UUUGUGUGUUGUUCGUGUUGUUUCAGACACAGCAGACGCAGAAGGCAGCAUCUGCAGUUUUCACAAUUUUGUCCCAUGACCCAAACAAUGAGAUCAUGAAGCAUAAUUUAAAAUACUACCUCGCCAAGCCUGGAAUUGAUGUCAAUAGCAUAGUCAACUACGAGUCAGAAAAAUUUGUUUCCCUAUACACCUUAGGCACAGAAGCCUAUUUCAAAGAAGAGUAUGAUGCUGCUAUUUCUAAUUUAGAGGCAUCACUGAAAGAAUUUUUUAAAGCUAGUGAUGAAUGUAGGGCCGAUUGUGAAGGACCUUUUGAUCAAGGGUGGCUACCAGACUUCACAUCAUCCAUUGCAA